CCAGAGCACGAGCAAAUAAUAUUUGUUUCGUAUCCAAGUUGGCUCGCGAUGCGUUCCACAAAUAAAUUCUAGGCGUUGGCUCAGACUGAGGCUUUGAGCCUCCAAUCUAAAUUAGCACAACUAUAAGAAUGCGCCCGGGGAUGGAAUUAACUAAGAUAGUUUUCUCUAAAUUACACACUAGCUGAAGGGGACAUUUAUUCAAAGCUCAACCGUAUACCUAUUCACAAUGGCCGAGAAAGCAAACCCUCCAGCAGUUCCUACCUACGAGGAACAACAACAACAACAACAACCACAAACCGAAACCCACGAGCUUUCCUCCAGAGAGCUGCCUGCAUAUGCGCAACCUCCCACCGAACAGACGCCUGAGAUCCAACCCCAUCAGCCCCAGCAGACCUUCUAUGCAGGCUCUCAACACCCGAGCGGCUAUAAUACUCCGACUCCACUGUAUGCACUGCAGAAGACGCCGGCACCUGUCGACUGUCCGGCCUGUGGAGAGCGGAAAAUGACUCGCGUGGAGGCCGAAACAGGCAGUUCAACUCAUGCUUGGGCUGCAGUGCUCUGCUGCUGUCUGUGUCUAGGAUGUAUUCCAUAUAUGAUGUCGUCGCUGAAGAACCAAUGUCAUUACUGUGGAAAUUGUGGUGUCUUGUUGGCUACAUGGCAUAACAGUGGACGGACGGAUGUGCAUCGGCCUGGCUCGAAGAAGUAAUGGGGGUUUAUUAUGCUGUUGCCUAUGUCUCUUUGCGUGUUUGAUGUGAUACCACUAUGAGUCUUUUACCAUAUCCUUGGACAUAUUAGUUGUGAUAAUUGGGAAACGAUUAACAUUUUA